CUCUGGCGCCGCUGCAGUUAUUGCCGCCACCCUCUCACCUCUCCCUCCCCCGUAAAGCAACUCACACCCGUACUCCAUUGAUCGACCAUUCGAGCUAGGCAACUAGCUACCACAGAAGCACGCACAAAUACGCACAUACCUACUAGUCGUCCGUACAUGGCCAAGAAGCCCACCGGCGCCGGCGCCGGGUGGCUGGCUACCGUCCGGAAGGUCUUCAAGCCCUCCAAGGACCUCCUGCGCCACGCCAAGAAGAGGGGAGGCGAAGCUGAGACCGCCGCGGGCGGUGGCGAGGCGGCAGAGAUAGUCUCUGUGGAGCACUUCCCGGCAGCUGAGACUUCGCCGGAGGUGACGAAUGAGGGCAGCGGUGCAGCGGCGUGGACGGAGCGGGAGGACCACGGGGAGGUGGCGGGCGCCAGGAGGGUGCGCCGUGGCAUGGCAGCAGCGACGGCGGCGUCGAAGGUGGUGAGGAUGGCCACCGCGCGCGGGAGGGCAAGCAGCAGGGAGGAGCGAGCCGCCGUGCGCAUCCAGGCGUUCUACCGGGGAUACUUGGCGAGGCGAGCCCUGCGCGCUCUGCGUGGGUUGGUGCGGUUGCAGGCGCUGGUGCGCGGCCACCAGGUGCGGCGCCAGGUCCACCUUACCAUGCGCUGCAUGCAGGCCCUCGUCCGUGCGCAGGCCCGCAUCCGCGCCCGACGACUCACCUCCCCCCACGUCGGCAGGCGCGGCGGCCGGCCCGACGCCCAGCGCCAUCCCAGACUUCUCGUCCCCAGGCACGGCCUCCCGCUACAGCACGGCGGCAGGCGCUCUUUCGGACACGACCGCAUCGGCUUGGACGAAGCCAAGACGUUGCACUUGCACGACCAUGAGACGCCGACACAGGUGGAGGCUUCUCAACGGCGCAGCAACGUGAGAUCUUUCGUGAAGGAAACGAGGGACGCCGUCCGGACCGAUGGCAUGUUGCGUCGGCACGACAACACCGAGGCGGCCUGGGGCGAGGGUGCGCAUGCCCCUUCCUAUGCAUACGGAUUCCAGCAUCAGCAGCAGCUUGACGAGUUGGAACAGAAGGAUGAGCGCAACGCCGGCUGGCACUGGCUGGAGCUCUGCAACGCCCGCGUUCAGCCGCAGCAGCACGCUCAGGAGCAGGCCAACCAGCACGGCGCAGCCGAGACGUCCUACGUGACCGAUGCCGCCACCGACGGUGUCUCAGAGAACACAGUCGAGAUGGAGGGCCCGAGGAAGAGCCCCACGAGGGACCUCUACCCUGUCCGUCCUCCGGCGAUCCCAGGGUACAUGGCGGCAACACAGUCGGCGCGCGCCAAGGCCCGCAUUACCCCGCCGGCUGCUCCGAAGGCGCACGCCCGGAGCCGGUCCGGAUCGGCGGCGCCCAGUGGAGGCUCGACGUCGACAGCGAACUUGGGCUGGAGCAUGAGCGGCGCCCGUGCGCCGCAGCAGAGAGCAGGGCACAGCCCAGAAUCUAGCGGCAGCGGCAACCGGACGCCGCCAGCAUUAGGCGCGCGGAGCAUGCACGCCUUUGCUUUAGCUUGACACGAAUAUGAUCGCGUACAAAUGCUUGGUAUUAUCCUAAGUGUGGAAAAUCUUUUCUUGUUAAAUGUUUAGCAAUGUAUUGUGAGGAGCUUAUAACUGCUUGAUCUCUACAUGUUGGAUUUAUAGGUCACCAGCUCUUGUGUAGUGCAAUGGGCACAUGACUCAGGAAAAGUUUGAGAAUAACAUAGUUGAGAACUAAUCGAUCCACUUGAUUCAUAUUAUAGCU